UUUUCGCGUGUAUUUUGUACAAUUUUAAAACGUAAAUAUCUCAUUCAAAGUUGCCCGAAUCAUGUCCGAACCAAGCUCAAAGGAUACCGUACUGAAAACGGCAAUGAUUUACGUGUGUGGUGAAUGUCACCACGAGAAUGAAAUGCGUCCCAGAGAUCCGAUCCGUUGCCGGGAGUGUGGCUAUCGUAUUAUGUACAAGAAGCGUACAAAGCGACUUAUCGUCUUCGAUGCCAGAUAGAGAGGACAGCCAGUAGCCGGAUUAUAAAAUCAAACCCAUGCACUAAC